AGGAAGACACGUGUCAGCCAUGACCUCGGUCUUGGGGAGCAGCCGAGGGUCCGGGGGUCCCGGCAGCCAACUGAAAUGCAAGUCCAAACGGAGGAGGAGGAGGCGAUCCAAGAGGAAAGCAGAGAAUUCAGGGUGGGUUCACACCCUGCUCCCCCGGAUUUCCCAGCGGUUACAGGGGCGUUGUAACACCCAGCUCGCAACAUGGUUGGAGGCAACAGACAAUCGCCUUUCCAUGCAGUUAGAGCCACCACGUGAAAAAGUAAGCAUUUUGUCGACUUUCAUCGCACCCUUCAAGUAUUUAAGUCCCGGGGCAGCAAAUGUGGAAGAUGAAGACAAUUUAAGUACCAGCAGUGCAGAAGUGAAGGAGAACCGGAACAUUGGCAACUUGGAAGAUCAUCCAAUUACUUCUAAUGAAAGGUCAUGGGUAGGAGCUUCCAGGAUCAAAAGGAAAAGGCCUCUAGAAGAAGGCAACAGUGGGCAUUUCUGCAAACUCCAGCUCUUCUGGAAGAAAGUCUCAUGGUCAGUAACACCAAAGAAUGCUCUGGUCCAGCUACAUGAACUUAAACCAGGCUUACAAUACAAAAUGGUUUCCCAAACAGGCCCUGUCCAUGCUCCAGUAUUUGCAGUUGCUGUGGAAGUAAAUGGACUUACGUUUGAAGGCACUGGACCAACAAAAAAGAAGGCCAAAAUGAGAGCGGCAGAAUUAGCCCUCAAGUCUUUUGUCCAGUUCCCCAAUGCAUGCCAAGCUCACUUUGCCAUGGGAAAUUGUUUCAACCCUUCCACAGACUUUACAUCAGACCAAGCAGACUUUCCAGACACUCUGUUCAAAGAGUUUGAACCCUCUACGCACAAUAAAGACUUCUCAGUCUAUAACCCAGUUAAUAAUGAACUACUUUCUACAGCUUACCGACACGGAAGGCUAUUCUGCCAUACGUUAGACUUAAUGGGCCAUGCUAAACAAAACAAGCACAAGAUGGUGUCCACUGCUGAGAGUGAAAAGAACCCAGUGGUGUUACUCAAUGAAUUGCGUUCAGGACUGAGGUACGUCUGCCUUUCGGAGACUGUGGAGAAGCAGCAUAUCAAGAGUUUUGUGAUGGCUGUGAGAGUGGAUGGGAGAACAUUUGAAGGCUCGGGACGUAGCAAGAAGCUGGCUAAAGGUCAAGCAGCACAGGCUGCACUGCAGGCCCUCUUUAACAUUCGGCUGCCCAGUCACAUUCCCAGCAGGAGUAAAUGUAAUCAUUUGCCACAGGAAUUUGCUGAUUCCGUGCAUCGAAUAAUUACACAGAAGUUUCAAGAGGUGACAGAGAACUGUGCUGCCAUCCAUGCACAUCACAAAUCCCUGGCAGGAAUUGUAAUGACCAGAGGUUUGGACAUUCGGCAGGCUCAGGUUAUUGUGUUGACUACAGGUACCAAAUGCAUAAAUGGAGAAUAUCUUAAUGACCAAGGCCUUGUGGUCAACGAUUGUCACGCAGAAAUUGUGGCAAGAAGGGCCCUCAUUCACUUCCUUUACUCACAGCUGGAGCUGCACCUGAGCAAACGACGAGAAGAUGGUGAACGAUCAAUCUUCGUACGGUUAAAAGAGGGAGGCUACAGACUCAAAGAGAACAUUCUGUUCCAUCUGUAUGUGAGCACUUCACCCUGCGGAGAUGCACGCCUCAAUUCCCCCUAUGAAAUCACAACUGACUUGAAUAGCAUCAAGCACAUAGUACGAAAAUACCGUGGGCAUCUUCGAACAAAGAUCGAAUCUGGGGAAGGAACUAUCCCAGCUCGAUGUCCCAGUGCAGUGCAGACAUGGGAUGGGAUGUUAUUGGGGGAGCAGCUAAUCACAAUGUCCUGCACAGACAAAAUUGCCAGGUGGAACGUUCUCGGGUUGCAAGGUGCUCUCCUUAGCUACUUCAUCGAGCCAGUGUAUUUGCAUAGCAUUAUUGUGGGAAGCCUCUCUCACACUGGUCACCUUUCACGGGUAAUGAGCCAUAGACUAGAAGAUGUUGGCCCAAUGCCAGCCUCAUAUCGGCGGAAUCAGCUGCUCCUGAGCGGAGUGAGUAAUGCUGAGAUACAGCAGACAGGGAAAUCACCCAGUUUCAGUGUGAAUUGGAUAGUGGGAGCCUCAGACCUGGAGUUCAUUAAUGCAACGACAGGAAAAAGAAACUGCGGGAGUUCUUCACGACUCUGCAAACACAUGUUUUACACACGAUGGGCAAAGCUUUAUGGAAAGCUGAGCACACGGAUACUAAGCCAUGGAGAUGUGCCGUCAGUGUACAGUGAGGCCAAGUUAGUGGCACACACGUACCAGUCCGUCAAGCAGCAGCUGUUCAAAGCAUUUCAGAAAGCUGGCCUGGGCAUUUGGGUGAAAAAGCCCCCAGAGCAAGAUCAGUUCCUACUAACUGUGUGAAUCAUCCAGCACCUCUGUGACAUGACCCCAUCAAAUUGACUGUAGAGAGAAGGGCAGGUACGCAGCAGGAGACGAGAGCGUGACGAAUGCAGUCUGAGACUUACCUCCAGGAGAAGUAUCUCAGCUCAGUUGCGAAUCCUGUAUUGGAAAAUGGGUUAAGUAUAAGAUGUGUCCUGAUUAAUGCACUGAACUUGACUUUAGGAAACUGCUUUUCCAUGCCCAUCCCUUCUCAAGGAUGUACAAGCCCAGGUUACAAAAAUGACCUUCACUGUUUGUUCCUUGUUUGUAGCACAUUACAUAUUGCUGUAAUUAUCCAAGUGACAUUUGUCUUUUGGGCAAAAACAAGGUCCUGCGUCUGGCUAAAACAAAACAAAAAAAAUGGGGAAACCCCAAAUUGUGUUCCCCUCCAUUGUUGUGCAAUAAUGUUGAAGAACAAGACAUGUUUCUAGGUAGCAAAGACAUGCAGGCACUUUUGGAAUCAGUGUGCUCAAAAAUGCAAAAGGUGAGCACUAUGUGUUUAAAGAAUAGGGAGAUUGCUGCCUACACUCUUGUGAUUACAUCCCAAGACACCUGUUGCUCCAGAAAGAGAAAAUAGGAGAGCUCUGAGUAAAAGCUGCUGCCUGCAAGUAUGCAUUAAAGGUUUCUGGGCACUUACUUCUGAGCAGAAUAUUUUUUUAAAAAAACCAGCAAGAAAAAUGUUGGCUGUAAUAGAAAUAUAGUUCCAGGACUUGUUGCUUGUACAUGGUGGCUAGAUCCAGUCCCACCCACUAUUGAGGUGCCACUAUCUGAAACUUGGGAAACAAAGAACAGAGACACUUGCAAACCUCACCCAACAUAGGACCAAAAAAAAAGCACACAAAAUCACUGAAAGUUACAAAUUUACAAAGCACCUAUUGCACAACAUACAGCACCAGAUCUAUUGCACAAAGCAUCCCAUUGUCACCCACUAGGCUUUGGGCAUGCUCAGUUUCAAGAACAGUGGAGUAUAGCCAACCAUAACCUCAAGUGAGUAACCUCUUUGUACCACAAAGAGACACCAAUGGUUCCAUUCUUCCUCAAAGCCCAGGCAUACAGGAGACAUUUGCAGUUCUGGGAAGGAGGGUGGUAUUUUUCCAAGAACUACAGAUUUGCUUUCCAGUCAUGAUAAGAACAAAGCGUAUUGCAUGGGGUGGAUUGUACUCCAUAUGUGUAAAUUUUGACAGCAUAUAAUAGGAGAGGUUCUGUGCAACCCACAGUUCUGAUGCAUACAACUAAACUCUGGUUUAAAGGAUACUCAGCAGGCUUCCAUUCUGGAAGCUGUACCAGUUAUGUGAAAACUAUCUUCUGAACAUCAGAUAUUAAAGCCAUUCAACAUUCCAAAUCUAAUUUAACAAGUGAAGUAGAGCCAGUUGGUGCAAAAAAUUAAAACUGCUACAACCUAGGGGGAGAAUGUGCUUCUUUAGUCACCACUGGGUCAACAAUGGGUGAUGAGAAAGGUGAUGGUGAAUUGUCAAAAAAAAUCCCUUUGCUCUGCUGCUGUUUUUGUGUGGAUGGAGACAAUUCCAUAGCAUUUCCCCAUGCCUAGCUUGGGACGAGGGAAUUUCUCAGCCUUUUCUCUGACUUCUGGGAGGGAAAGGACCAACUACUCACUGCCCUCUCACCAGCACCUGAGCCAGAAUCUUGUUGGAGUACUGUGUUCCCAUACAAAACAAUGCGCAAACCAUUGCAUUUGCUGAAAGGUGGCAUGGGGCAUCCCCUGGUAGAGGCAUUUGUUCCACAAGCACGCACAUGUGCACGUGCGCACACACACACACAUACAUACACACAGCACUUUUUCUUUUGACUUAGUGGGCAAUUGUUGCUCAAGGGAUUCAUUGUGUAAUUGCUUGUGCAACCGUAGGAUCUGGUGUAACUCCACUGGCAUAUAUUUACAGUAUGCCAAAAGUAUAUAGGAUCUGGACCUUGGAACUGGCAAGAGAAAUCCUAGUUACAUCAGAAUAAAUGGUCUGCACAUCCCUUCUGUCUCCUGUAUGUUCCUUAGAUCCAGAAUUCAGCUUCUUGCUAAUCUCUGCUUGCUUAGAUUUUUUUUUUAAAGCAAAGCUGUUUCUUGCCCUAACUUCUAUGAAGAUAGAUUGAAAGUGUGCAGGCAAUGCCCACAAAAAAUCUUAGAAAUCAGAUAAGAGAAGGGCUGAGUGGGAUUUCCUUUUAUCAGAGAAAGGGUCCACACAACUGUGAUGAUUGUUCCAGAUGCACAAUAAUUUAUGCAAAAUAAAUAUGACAUUGUCCUAUUAAGAACUGGAACUAAAGCAUCCCUGUGGACCCAUUCAUGGGGAGCACAGCUGCUUGUGAACCAAGCCUUCCUUGGAGACAUCCGCAGCCUCCCAAUUCCCAUGAUGGCAUUGGCUGACGGAUGCAUAUGCAGUUCUUUCUCCGUGUGACUACAUCCUUGGGGCAGUUGGGGUGCACCAUCUGGAGCUCUUUUGUAACAUGCUGGACUAUUCCCAUCGGUCAGGGCAUACCGUGUGGAAAGUUUUUGUAAUGAGCAGAUUAGCUCCACAGUUAUUUACGCCAUCGAAAAUUGCUACUUAGGAUCCCCAAAGAGAAAUGUUAGGGACACUCUGUACAAUUUAGUAUUAACCUCUACCCAAACUUUUGUCUACCUUUGCUCAGAGUUUUGGAAAGCUCCUUGUUGGGGCGACUACAGCUUCCAGAAUGCCCUGAAUGGCAUGGACAUAGGCCAAGGAGGCUGGGCCAUCUGAGUACUGUAGCCUCCAAGAAGGAACUUCUGCAAGCUCUCGUUUCACUUUGUUUUUCAAAUCACAGGAUUUGCGGGUAUCGAACUACUGUUUUCUUUUUAAACUUGUAGUUUUAAUGAAAUGUGUGUAUAUUAACAUGCUGCUCCUGAGCUGUGAUCUGUCUUGGUGUUUCUGGUUAGAGCUGUCCAACUGCAUUACUUUUCAAACACAAGCACACACACCCCAUCCCCUCGCUGCACACUCUCACUGCCUCUCCCAUAGAAUCUACCUGACACUCCACCUCUUUCUUGCCCGUAAAGUUAGAUGCUCUUAUAUAAGAUUUGGAGAGCCAUAUUCAGUAAAUGCAUUUGUUUAUUAAUGCCCACACAAUAGUAAUAGCUACAGUAUUUUGAUUAAAUUUUUAUUUUUUAGAUUAAAUUGCAAGAUGUAUCUAUAGUGUCUUGUACAAAGAAAUUAUUGUGAUAAACUAGAAUUUUUAAAUUAGAUUUAAAAAAACAACUCUCUCCCCUUACCGAGAUGUUUUCAAUAAAUAAUACAUUCCAUUAUUAACUACCAAAAAAGCUCCUUAGACUAGAAAUAGUAAAAGACCUGAAUUUGCUUCAAUAAGGUAGGAAUGACAAAUAUAUUAGCUAGCAAGUGUCUAAUUUCUGAAAUGAGAUAUGCCAGGUCUUAAGUCUUCAGAAGGUCAUGUGAAUCAUUUCAUUCCUUAUUCCAAGGUGUGGAGUUUAGGUGUAGUGGGGAGAGAAUGAUUUGGGGCAGAAUCCAGAGAAAGUGAGAAUCGAAGGUUGUUGAAAUGAAUGAAAUCACAAUACUUAACUUGUGUCUUAUGCAGUCCAAUCCUAUGCAUGUUUAAUUGGAAGUAAUUUCUACUGAUAUUUGCUUCAAAGUACAGUAAAGGCACACAGGGUUGCAGUUUAAAUCCCACUGAUUUCGGUGAAUCACCAAUGCACCAAUCUGCAUGUUCUUAAAUUUCACCUGGUUCCAAAUGCACAUAGAUGGUCACAUUCAAAUGUUCCCUCAUCUCCCAGCUCUUGCAAAACAAAACAAAAAUUCCCCACACAUCAACAGAAGAUUCAAAACUUUCUCAUUCCUCUACUAGAUUUCCAUGCACAGGGGUGAGUUGUUUUAAAUGUGUGGGAGAAGGAACCAGUCCCUCACAACGAUGUGUUCUAGUCCAAAGAAGGUCAAAGUAGGUCCUAGGCAUAUAGAUAAUCUCGGGGGAUCUAUUUUAGUGGCACCUUAGACCAGGGAGUUCUACCUGGGUGAGACACUCACUGGAACACCAUUGGCCACUCACAAUUAGGCUCACUGACCUACCUCACAAUGUCAUUGUGAGGUUAAAAUUAUGGGUCAAUCAGUGGACCAUGGAGGAGCUCUAUGGAAGGAAAGUCAGAAUAUGAUGAUAAUCCUCACUGCUGCUUAGCCUUGAAAACAGUUUCCAGAGUCAAAACUGCAGGUAGACCACAUUAAAGCUUCAGCUGGUGCCAUUUUACUUAUUAAUGUGACUUUUCCAAACUGCCCUUUGCACAGAUGGCUCAGGAAAAAGCAAACUGCUGCAGCCUUUCCUAGCUUUUUAAAACACUACUGUAAGCCCUGGAGUACUUGGUGUUACUGUUGGUUGGUCCCUUCAGAGUCUGAAAAUCUACCCCAGAGUUCACUUUCCCAUGUAAUGUCUUGACAUGUUCCAGUGGCACCCAUUCCCGGUUUCAUAUCCCCAUUUCCUGAAGCACAGGAGAAUGACACCUCAGCCGGAAUUCUACAAAGGGAAGACAGUGUACAUAGCGAGCAUGAGUGAAUGGCAAUACUGUACGAAUGGAUGUACAUUUGUAAGAUUUGUACAAACAGAUGAACAAAAAAAAUCUGAAUUUACAGGUGUGAAUUUGCUGCUAAGUUCUGUAAAUUGCACUUCAGUGAUAUCUGAUAAGUGAAUGUUUCUGUUAUAAGUGAAUAAAAUGCCAAGAGGAAAAAAACAUCCUGUGCUGCCUUUUAUUGUUUCCUGAACUUUAUUCAUUCUGGCUCCAAACUAAG